AAUCCUUAUAGACCACUACUCCCGUUUACGAAAAUCUGAUUUUGUCGAUAAAAAGAGGGACCAUUGGUGCAUUUCCGAGCUCUCGGGAGUGGUCACUGAACUGGUUUUCAACCCGGCGUAAAUUCUCAUCAACGAGGAGUGGGGAACAGUCUGCCGAGCCCUUCUUCAGUUGGACAAGUUGAGCAAUGUUCACAUGUUAAUGGAGACUACCGAAGAAGAUUAACAAGAAUAGGGUUUUUGAAAGACGAAAGAAGAUGUCUUCGUUGACAGUGAAGGCCUCCACCAUAUAUCCAUCACCGUCGCCACACGUCUUCUCAUCUCGUUCUCGUUUCUCAUCUUCAUUCAGCUUCCCAAGGAAGACCAACGGAAGAUGCGUUUUGAAAGCUUGCGCUUACAAUUCUUCCGACGACAAAACUUCCGAUACCGGCGAUACAAAACUCCCAAACGGCACUCUGCCCAAAAGCCGGAGGGAAAUUCUGUUGGAGUAUGUCAAAAAUGUGCAGCCAGAAUUUAUGGAGUUGUUUGUCAAAAGAGCACCUCAGCAGGUAGUUGAUGCAAUGCGUCAAACAGUAACAAAUAUGAUUGGUACUCUUCCCCCACAAUUUUUUGCAGUAACAGUUACCACUGUUGCAGAAAAUCUAGCACAGCUCAUGUACAGUGUUAUGAUGACUGGGUACAUGUUUAGGAAUGCGCAGUAUCGUCUGGAACUGCAACAAAGUUUGGAGCAAGUUGCUCUUCCAGAUGCACAAGACAAAAAGGAUUUACCAGAUUAUGCACCAGGUACACAGAAAAAGGUCAUAGGUGAAGUUAUCAGGUGGAACAAUGUUUCUGGCCCUGAGAAAAUAGAUGCGGUGAAAUACAUUGAAUUACUUGAAGCAGAAAUAGAGGAACUUAAUUCACAACUUGGAAGAAGAUCUACUACUGGACAAAAUGAACUAUUGGAAUAUCUUAAAUCCCUGGAACCACAAAAUCUAAAGGAGCUGACAAGUAGUGCUGGUGAGGAUGUGGUGCUGGCCAUGAACACUUUUAUAAAGCGUCUUUUGGCAGUUUCUGAUCCUGCCCAAAUGAAGACAACAGCAACAGAGACUAGUGCACCUGAACUUGCAAAGCUGCUUUAUUGGCUGAUGGUGGUUGGCUAUAGCAUACGUAAUAUUGAGGUGCGGUUUGACAUGGAGAGAGUACUUGGUACUCCGCCGAAGCUUGCUGAAUUACCACCAGGAGAAAACAUCUAAAACACGAGUUGGGAGGAAAUUUAUUCUGGCCGGUGCAGAAACAAAUUAACAUAAAUGUCAAAGGUAGUAAUAUUUGAGAUACAUUGGUAUUUUUAUUUAUCCAAUUUGAAAUAACGCAAUGCUUCAUCACCAAGGAAUAACAGGAGAUGAAUUUUUACAUCACUUUGUUCCUUCACUGCUUACAAAAUCUGUUUUUUUUUUAAUGGAUGGAGACUGCUUCUUGAAUUUUUAAUA